AUGAGGACUGUGGAGCCUGGUGUGACGGUCUUCACCUGUGCAGAAAACCGCGUGGCGUUGAUUCCUGCUGGCAACGUUCCUAAGGAUGUUAUGGUCGACUACUGCGAGCUGCUGGAGAGUUAUCGCCAUGUCGAAUUGUUAUCUGCUCGCUCAUUUUAUCAUGAGCGCCAAAAGAGUCCCCUCAAACAUCUGCAAUGGGGCCAAGGGGCCAUGCACUUCAGCUUUGUCCAGGGUGACAAAGCCCUGCAGGCAACCCCAAUGACAGCUUUGCAUGGGUGCAGGAGCAUAGUUGGGGUGAUUGGCAUUUGCCAUUGUCCUCAUGCCCCUGAUAUAUCCGAGGCAUAUGCCGAUUUUGAGAAAAUGGCACAGCAGUUUCCAAGCGCUGUUGCUCUCCGCUGCUUUGCUUUUGAACCUCUUGAGGAUGAGGUGAACAAAGACAAUCUGCAGAAGGAAUUCCUGAUCAUGUUUCCACCAGGUGACCGUUCCCAAGUAGAACAGCAUUUGGAGGUGUUGAUGCAUGACUUUGCUGCCUGUGUGUUGAUGGGACUCCAACAACAGAUGCUGAACAAGUCUAUAUCAGAGAUGAAACUACAGACUUAUGUUGACCUGCCGGAUUUCUCUGGCUAUAUGAGUGUGGAGGAUGCAAGGCAGAAACUUGGGAGUGAAGAGGAAGUCAAGCAUCGUCGGCGACACACUCGGCUUGAGAAGCUGUUGGCUGACUUGUCAAUGUUGGCUGGAAGCCCUGGGGAUGCAGCCGAGCAUUACAACACUUGCAUUGAAUUGUCGAAGAUGUGUGGAGACUCAGUGUGGGGUGCAGCGGCCUUGGAGGGAAUGGCAGAAGCCAAGGUGCUUCAAGCGCUACUGGAUGGUGACGGUUUACCAAGAAGUAGGUCCAAGGCUGCCUUGUACAAGGAAUCGAGCAGAGAAGCUGAAAUUCCAGACAGUCCAGAGAGUCCAAUGAGCCGGGCAAUGCGAGAAACUUCUACUUGUGGCUUUGGUGGUGUUUCUCUGUGGAAAGUACUGAAGGCAACGAGAAAUCUGGAGCAGCAAGUUCGAGGUUACUACAUGCAGGCAUACCAAACAUACCAGAAACGGGGCAUCGUCCCCCUGCAAAUUGAGGUCGAGCUGAAACGCGCAAGGUUUGUGGCAGGAUUGUAUGGGCACAGGGCAAGGGGUGAGGCUUCUGAUCUGCUGACCCAGGUGAUGGAGCAGUGGCCCCAGCUUGCGUUGGAGGAGGACAGGGUUAAUGUUGCGGUGGAAGCAGCACAGGUGCUGGGGAUGGUAGGGGCUGUGAGGAAGCGUGCAUGGCUGAUCUGGCAGGCUUUGGAGAUGGUGCGUACACUGCAGAGGGAUGACUCAACUCUCCUGAAGAUGGCUUUGAAGUCCCUGGAGCCCCCAGGCGACCCAGAAAACCAGGACAUGAGGUCAAGCAGGCCGGGGCAAUGGAGUCUGAGCAAGUGUGCGCUUCCCCAUCGCCACUGGGCCAGUCUCCACAAAGCAACACUAGAGGCAUUGCUGUCUGCGGCAUCGAAGGCAGGAGAAUUCGUUUAUGUCUGGGAAGCAGCAGCUGCUCUCCUGAGGGGACAUCACACUGUUAUUGCUCAGGAGCACCAGCACAUGCUGCUGGAGGCAUUGGUGCAUGCUGCUGAGCACAUGGAUGCUGCAGCCAAAAGGCGACCUGGCCCAGGUCCCCCACCUCUUUUCCAGGUUCGAAAUUUUGUUCCACUUGCAGUUGAACUGGUGGCUGCGAAAGUUAUGACCAGUUGGCAAUCAUCGGACAAAGGUGUGGAAGGGAAUGGUCCUUUCAUUUUCAAUCCUUUUGGUAAACGGGAGCAAGCGCAGAAGGAGGAGGUCCCGCAGUGGAUUGUUGGAGAAGAGUGCAGUCUGGAGGUGUACAUUGCCAAUCCUUGCGCGAUCCAGCUGAAGGUGGAUCGCCUCAGCCUGAGUGCCGAAGCAAUGGAAGUCCCUGAAGGCAAUGGAGCAUCGGUGAAAGUUGCGCAACCUGUGCCUGUUGCUGUGGUGCUACCUGGGAGAACAAAACCAACAAGGGUCACCUUAGCAUUGAUCCCACUGGUGACUGGCACAUUCCACAUUGUUGGAUGCAACGUGACAGUUUUUGGGGUUACUUGGCAGCAGCGUUUUGUUUCCACACUGCGAAACGUUCCACUUGGCCCUGGCCUGCAAACUGUGGAAAAUCAGGUUGAUGGAGAGCAGCACAUUGUGGCAGCGGUGGAGGUGCUGCCGGCAAUGCCUUUGCUUAAGGCUUCGAUAAGCAGAGUGGGCAAGUCAGGCUCCCAAAUACAAGUCCAUGACGUUCCACCUUGUGGGAAUCAACACUCAGAUGGGCGAGUGAAGACGGUUGUCUAUGAAGGCCAGCACUUCACUUUUGUGCUACAGCUGCGCAAUCAUUCAAAACUGCCUGUUCUUUCAGCGAGAAUAGCUGUGCAAGACUCAUACAACGCUGCAGCUGGUGACGGCAAAGGGGCAAUGAAGCCAGGGGUGCGGCUGCGUGUUGAUGAGGGGGUUAUGCAGUCUUCUCUGCCACUAACACCAGAUCAGGUUGUCAAAGUCCCUGUCCUUGUUGAGGUGGGCCAACCACUUUCAGUCUCACAAGAGCGAGCAAGCAUGGUUGAGACUCAGGUAAACCAGGUUCCCGCAAAUGCACUUGGAAACAUACAAAGUAAAUAG